GGAUCAAGAGGCUGUCUGUGAACCAGGAGGAGCGGUUCGCUGGCGCCAAAUUAUAACCGCCUUCGCUAUUUCAGAAUGCUGCGUGGAGCAUCCACUUGACCUGAAGAGGAGAGCAGUGCAGCCCGAAAAGGUAAGCAGCCCAGGUGCAUGGAGCAG